GAAAACCAGGAAGCGCCUGCAACAAACAGCAAGAUGAUUGUCAAGAAGUGCGGUCCUUAUCUGCAUAUUAUCUCUUUACUGGCAUAAGUUAACCAGCUCCACUGCAGAAAUGGAGGCUGCAGGAACUAAUAGUAGUCUGGACGUACAGGGAGCAACAGCAGCAGCAGCAGCAGCAGCAGAGCCAAGCCUUCCUGGACACCAACAGGCUCCUGCAAAGCCGGUUUGGACUUUGUUAGAGGAAGCAGCCCAAAUGAAAACAGAGGGAAAUGCGUUCUACAGGGAGAAGAACAUUCGCUCAGCCAUCGGUCGUUACCACCGCGCUCUGCUGGUCCUCCGGAGCCUCGACUCUGAUGUGAUGAAAUCCGUGAAAGGGUUUGGACCUGAGAGACCUGCACUCACACCGGAACAGGAGGCUGUACUGAGAAGCACACAAGUGGACUGUUACAACAACCUAGCUGCCUGUUUGCUGCAGAGACAGAAUGUUGAUUACGCUCGUGUGCGGGAGUACAGUCUACUCGUGCUGCAGUGGCGACCGGGUGAUGUCAAAGCACUGUACAGGGCAGGAGUAGCCACUCUGGAGAUGGGAGAUGCACAGACAGCCAAACAGUACCUCGCCCAGGCCUCCAGAGAGCAGCCUAAUGAUGCCAAUGUGAAGAGGCACCUGCAGAGGGCUGAGGAGAAACUGAAGCGAGAGUUACAAAAAGAGAAAGCCAUGUAUCGAGGCAUGUUUUCCUCCGGCCUGAAGGAUGACUCAGAAGAAGGGAUUAACCAAACCAACGGAGUCGGUGAGGGACUUUAACCUGCCAAAAAAAGCCUCAGCCGGAGAGACUGUCCAACCUCAGCUUAUCACAAACCAACUGAAGAAUGUUCACACGUCUUGAAUCGCUAAUGGUACCGUUUCUCUAUUAAGUGUUUGAGGUACAUUACACAGAAUACUGGAAAGCAGUCAGUGGGAAAGUAAAGAUGUUACUGCUGAAAAUAGAAAGCUGAAGACAGAAAAGUUAGUUUCCUAGCAACACAGAAACGAAAGAAAAUCCAGUAUAGUUCACAAAAAUGCUUCUGAAAGAUAAAGAGAGACUCUUUAUGCACUAUUCAAAUGCCUCCUUGAUUGCAGUUUUCUGGUCAGUGAUGUGAAUGUUGAUUUCUUUUUCUCUCUCUCUUUUUUUUGUUUAUUUUUUGAGUUUUCAAGUAAAAUAUUUUUUGAAUAAUAA